AUGCCUCAAUUAUGUGCGAUCGAGAAAUGUACACGAAAAUCACGUUGGCUGUGCGAUUGUUGCAAGCAAAAUAUUUGUUUACAACAUUUAAAUGAACAUAAUAUCUCACUCAUUUCUCAACUAAAUCCUUUAACUGAUGAGAUUAAUGUACUUGGAGUCCGUCUCAAAACAUUAAAUAUACAAAAAAUCAUUGACAAUAAUCGUGAAAAACUUGAACAAUGGCGUCAAGAUUGUUAUAAGAAGAUUGAUUGUUUAUUUGAACAAAAAUGUCAAGAACUUGAUCAACUUAUUAAUGAAAAAGUUGAUCAACAACGACAAGAACUCAAUCGAAUACACUUGAGGAUAACUGAACUCAUCAAUACACAAGAAACAACUCGUCAAGAAAUUGAUCGAUUGUCAUCAACUAUUCGUCAGCUCGAAAGAAAUAUGAACAACAGCGAAGAAACAUGUUUUACGAUCGAUACUCGUCCAUUACUAAUAGAUGACACGUUCAUUUCUAUUAAGAAAUCCAUUGAAAAAGAGCUUGAUCUAUCAACUCUUUCGCCUGCAUCUACAACGAUUCAUCGUCCCAAUGGAAGUUCUGGACCACUAACUUGUAAUGAUCAAUAUAUAUUGGUACAUCAGCAUCCAAAUAUAUGUUUAUUUAAUCAAGAAAUGAAUAUAAUUAAACACGCCGUAUGGUCUUAUGGUCGAAUUUGGGACAUGUGUUGGUCGUCAACAUUAAAUCGAUUCAUUGUGCUUGGAAGAAAUAACAUCUAUCUCAUAAACGAAAAUACAAUGUCAAUUAAUAAUGUGUAUACAAGUGUAGAACAUGACUUUAUAUCGUGUACAUGUUCUAAUACACUUCUCUUUGCAUGCACAAAUAAUUCUCCUUCGAGUAUUUUGGAAUUCACAUUAUGUCCAACAAUCGAAAUAAUUAGAGAAUGGAGGGGUCCUCUUACAUGUGCCAAAGAUGAAAUUAUCGAUGAUAUGGUUUACAAUAAUGAAACUCUUGCUCUAAUGAUUAAGAAUAAAUCCGAGAGACCGCUACGAAUGGAGCUGAGAUAUGCAAAAAUGCUCGAUCGCAUAUGGGCACUUCAAAUGGAUAUGACGUGCGUCUGCAGAAUAGCAUUUCGUUGUUGUUCACUCACUUGUAAUGAAUGGCUUAUUGUUGAUUAUGAGAGUGGACGUUUGCUUCAGAUUACAAGAGACGGAAAAAUAAAGAAAACAAUGAAAUAUAAUCCAAGUCCCCACCGUGCUAUUCUGUUCAACUCAAAUCAAUUAGCCAUAUCGACUGGGAAGCAUGUAAACUUGCAUACAAUUCAAUAA